UGGUCUCUAUCGUUCGAAUACCAACCUGGCUAACCAUGCAUAUAUAAGGCCACGAUCCUUGCUGUAAAGAGAGAUUGAUUGAGCAAGAGAGAGGGAGGAGAGAAUGGCCACCACCUGCCUCUCUUCUCGGAGACUCCUCGUCUCCGUUCUCUUGCUCAUGAUCUCGCCCAUCGCUCCUCCAUGCCGCAUUGCCUCGGCGAUGGAGGAGGAGUACGCUGCCGUGGUGGGGAACCACUUCAUGGGGUUGAGUCCACGCGCAGGGAGUCGGUUCUUGGCGCAGGGCGUGAAGAAAGGAGACCGGUGCGAUCCCGUCGCCAACAACGUCUGCUCCGGGGUGCAGGCCAAGGACGGCACCCAGCUGCUGUACUGCUGCAAGAGCCACUGCCGCAACGUGCUCAACGACCGCAACAACUGCGGCGCCUGCGGCGUCAGGUGCGGAUUCGGGCAGCUGUGCUGCAAGGGGAAGUGCACCGCGGUGGCCUACGACGUCGACAACUGCGGCAAGUGCGGGACGGUGUGCCAGCCGGAGCUGCGCUGCGAGUAUGGCAGCUGUGGCUAUGCCUGACCGUGUUCUUCUGAUUGUUUCGAGUCGUUGGAGUAUAUGUACGUAGACGGAUAGUGUCUGGUAUGGGAACAGGGAAGUGAAAGGAGGAUGGCACUCUGCUCUCUGUUACUUGUUGCUUCUGUGAAAGGCAGGCCAGGAGGUACAGGAAGCCUUUGUAAACAAGCUUAAGAACGUCUUUUGUCUAUUGAUGACCAAUAAGCCUGUUUCCAA